AUGUCUCACCAAUCGAGUGAUGAGGAUGAUGACUUGAACAAAGCAAUUGCUCUAUCUUUGCAAGACUCCGAACAGCUUUCUUCACCCGCACCAAAAUGGCCCGUGGUGAUCGAUCUUAUCAGUGACGAUGAUACAGACACUGACGACCUUGACCAACCGACCAUCCGUGACAAGCUUCCACCUGGAUCGGGCCAAAAACGUCCGGCUGUAUCAGAUAAUGAGAUCAAGCGAGAAGGUUCUCUGGUGAUAAGGCCACAAGUCCAAAGCCCAGAAACAAAGCACACCAAUAGCCAGGCUGCAACCAAGCCUGUGAAUCAAACUGGAAAAGAAAUCACCGAACCAUCUGAUAUUAAGAAGCCAACAGCCAUGAUGUCAGGUCUUGGUGGCCUUGACCGGAAGAAAAUGGAAGAAGAACGGCUCGCAAGAGCAGAAAAACGAAAGGCCAGUUCAUCACAGCCAGAAAAUAGUGAUGUAGCCCAACCGCCGCUGAAGAAGGCAACGUUAGGCUCAGGCCUGAAGUCAUCUGGGAUGCCUGGUCGACCGCUCACAGACAAGCUAGCUGGCGGAAAUGCUGCAGGCAAAUCUGAUUCCAAGGUAGCGUUGCAUCCCAUGCACAUGAAAGCUGCGGCUGAGUUUCUGAUACCAUCUCAGCUCAUGAAGUCAGAGCCAGCAGUGCUUGCGGAUAUCGAGCGCUUCACCCCUGGUCCAGAUGAUACCCGGAGAUUGGAAGACUUCAAGCACGCCAAGAUUCCAGAGGCCGGACCAUCCAACGACCAACAGGCUCGAAUGGGAUCUGGAGUCCAAUAUCCACAUGGUGUCGUCAAACAGACGUGGGCGUUUGGCUUUCCAAGAUCGGGAGACAUAAAGAUUGAGGAGGUUCUCCAGAAAAACGAUCUUGAUCUGGCAGUCCUUAGCUCAUUCCAGUGGGAUCAGGAAUGGAUCCUUUCGAAAGUGAAUAUGGCGAGGACUAAACUCAUACUCAUUGCUCAAGCAGUAUCUAGAGACGAUCAAGAAGAAGUCAGAAAGAGUGCUCCAAGUAAUGUGAGAUUCUGCUUCCCUGCCAACAAGGAUGAAACAGUUAGCACUAUGCACUCAAAACUGCAGCUGCUUGCUCACCCGAGCCAUUUGAGAGUCGUCGUACCAAGUGCCAAUCUCGUUCCAUACGACUGGGGAGAAACAGGAGUAAUGGAAAACACCGUUUUCCUGAUUGAUCUGCCCAGGUUGGCAGCCAACGAGGUUGUAUCCAUUGAAAACAUUACACCAUUUUGUAGAGAACUGCGACGAUUUUUGAAAGCUCAGGGGUUGGACUCCAAAAUUACCGAUAGUCUCUUGAAGUUUGAUUUCUCGCAAACUGCAGGCCUGGCGUUUGUCCAUUCGAUUGGAGGCAACCACACUGAAAACGAUUGGAAAACCAUCGGCUACCCUGGUCUUGGUUCUGCAAUUCAAGAACUGGGACUCGCCAACAGCGACCCUUUGAAUGUAACAUUCGUUUCUGCAUCAAUCGGUGCCCUCACGGACGAUUUCAUGCUGGCCAUUCUUCUAGCUUGCAAAGGAAACGAUGGCCUGAAGGAGCUUACCUGGCGGACAAGCACCACCCCAGCCAGUAGAAAGCGCACUCCUGAAGAAGAAACACUGUUAAUGGAGAUGGAAGAAGGCUUCCGUAUCAUGUUUCCAAGCCACGAAACCGUUCGAACAAGCAAAUAUGGCACCAAUUCAGGGGGUACUAUAUGCCUUGAUCCGAAGCAUUACCACCGGGAACAGUUUCCGAAGGAAUUGUUCCGAGACUGCAAGAGCAAGAGGACUGGGCUAUUGCUUCACAGUAAGCUGCUCUUCACCGCACCAACUCACAUGAAUGCCGAUGGAGACCGGGGCAAAGCGUGGGCGUAUGUCGGGAGUGCCAACCUCUCGGAGAGCGCCUGGGGGCGCCUCACCAAAAACAAGAGCACCAAGAAGGUGAAGCUAUAUUGCCGGAAUUGGGAGUGUGGCGUCGUCAUCCCGGUGAACCGAUCCGCUGCAUCACAAAACACAGACACUCCGGCAACUACACCCCAACAGACUGCGCAGGACCACGAUAUCGAUAUAAGUUCAAUAUUUAAGGGGGUAGUGCCGGUUCCGAUGGAUUAUCCAGGCCUGGAAUAUGGACAGGGUCGCCCUUGGUUUAGGAACGAACAGUAG